AUGCUCUCGUUUCAGGGGUUUUCGCCCAGGGACCCGGCUAUGGCGGCGGCAGGGGUGGCGGAGGGCGCGGUGGACGGGGAUUUGGCGGGGGACGCGGAGGGGGCGGCAGGGGCGGCGGGCUCGGACGGGGACCUGGUGGGGGCCUUGGACUGGGCCCUGGCGCCGCUCUGGGCACGUUCUACGGCCACGAACAACACCGACUACAAUGUCCGUUACGUGCUGAGGAUUGGCGGCCUGCCAACCCCAGGUCUUCCUACCGCUGCCGCCGUCCUGAAUAGUAACGGCGACGCUGUCCUUGAUUUCCCCGAUGCCACGUGGACCAACACCACUGGCCAGCAGCCUUAUGGCUACGGCUGGAGGAGGCGCAACCGCGCAUGGGUCUUUGGUGUGUGUUUCCGUUACAAUGCGACCGGGGUUUAUUACAACGCGAACACAAAGACUACUGAUGGCGGCAAGACUAUUGGGUCUAUUGCUGUGGCCAUGGUUGCCGCUCCUGCAGCUUAUAGUGGCCGCAUCACUGCUCCUGGUGGCGUUGCUUCUGGCAAGUUCCACACCUGGCGUUAG